AUGAGCAGCGACUUUGUCUUUAUCCACGUCCGCAAGCCAAAAGACGCCCUCAAGCUCGCCAAAUCCUCGCGCGUCCGCUCGCACGUCACGCGGCAGCAGUGGAAGCAGUUGGACCAGCGGGCUCGACGCGCGAAUGCAAAUGCGGUUGGGAAAGUUCUCGACGAAUUCGAGAAUCAAGAAGACAGCACAGUAGCAAAGGAUAAGAGUGAUGACCGUCGAAACAAGCUCGAACUAGUCCGACUCGCGCCGGAGAUCGAGUUCGGGAUUCAGAAUGGGGCCAUCAACAUCCCUCGACCCCUGGGCGGCCUGCGCGGCGACCCGUUUCGCUCGUACCCCGUCGCAUGGCGGCCCUCUUUGCCCCGAUUUGUGGAUCACUAUCUCAUGAGCAUGGCCGUCGACAUCCCCGAGCUCGACCAGCCCGGCAACCGCGGCCUCCUCCGCACAUCGUGGUUCCCACUCGUCAUGAGCGAGCGCGCCCUCUUCCUGGUAAUCAUCCUCCUCGCCGCAUCAAACUACGCAUCCGUGCAAAGCCAGCCGCUCGAUAUGAAACUCGACCUCCUCGCUCUGCGCUGCGAAGCCGUGCAAGCUGUCAACGAGGCGCUCGAGGUUCAAUUCCAGCAGCACCAGCCCAGCUGCAUAAGCGACGCGCUUGUCGGCGCAAUCGCCAAGAUGGCAAGCUACGAGGCUAUGUAUGGCGAUGUCGGCAAUUACGCUGUCCACAUGCGCGGUCUGGAACGGGUCAUUGAGUUGCGCGGGGGGUUACUCGAGCUGGGGCUAAGCGGUCUCCUGCGACGGAUCGUCAUCUGGAUUGAUCGCAAUGGAGCCUUCCUGAAUGGGUCUGCGCUGCAUUUUCCGGGAGAGACGUUUGCGCCGGGCCAGCCGCUGCCGGGGCCGAAUCCUGGGCAUUUUCUAGGUGCGCGAUAA